GUACGGUAGUGUUAUAUUCCAAGCGAAAAAGAAAAAACACUGUCAGACAGCGAGCAGAGCAUACAUUUAAUAAUGAUUUGUUAAAACGAUAGGUGCGCGCCGAAUUAAAAUUGCGUAUGUUCGUACGAUCAGUUGAAACAGUUAACAAUAAACGCUAUUUUUUUAUAACAAAUUUAUGCGUCGUCGUCUGCUGCUGUUCAAUCGUUAAAAAGUGCGUGGAAAAGUGUACGAAACCAAUACACGGAAAGUGGGACAACCGAGCGCUGCGCUUGUUGGUGUAGUGUGCUGUGCGUGUGUGCUGUGUGUGUGUAGUGUGUAGUGUGUAUGUUUGUGUGCGGUGUGUGCUGUGUUUGUGUGUGUUCGAGACGAGUACAAGUACGGGUAAUUUGUACCGACUACAGUCUCAUCAAUGUGUACGACAAUGUUUUUUUUGUAUAUUAAAUAAAUAUAACGAAAAAGUGCAACGAAAUGUUUACAAAUUGUGCAAAUAAAAACAAAACAUGUUUCAUGUCUUAACACACAUUGACAAAGACACGCGCACACCAAUAUACACGCGAAUUGCAUGCAAAGAGAAGGCGCUCAACUUCUACUCCAUCUUCUUUUGUCUGACGUUUUGCCGCAUGGCAAAAGCAAAUUGCGUUUGGUGUGGAUAAAGGAAUAAAGCAAUGAAUGAUUUACGCCAGCAACAGGUACAGGUAGCAGCAACAUCAUCUUCAGUUAGUCUGGCAGCAACGCCACCCUGCUCCAGCAACAACUCUACGAGCAGCAGCAACAUUAACAGCAACAGCGCCAGCUCCAGUGCCAGCGUUAGUCCACGUUCCAGUUCUAAUUCGAAUUCUAGCAUUGGUUCGAACUCUAAGUCCGGCAUAACGACGACAGCUGCAGUAACAACAACAACCAGCAACAUCGGCAGCGGCAGCAUCAUCCAGCGGCAGCAACAGUUGGAAGAGGAGGAGCAGCAGGUAGUUAGCUCUACAUCGUCGCAACAACAGCAGCAACAUCAAUUGAAUGUGUCGACAGCAGCAGCAACUCAGCGCCAACAACAGCAACAUCAUCAUCAGCAGCAGCAGCAACAUCAUCAGCAGCAGCAACAGCAGCCGCAGGAACAGCAUCAGCUGGUGGGUCAAAUAACCAGCACCACAGCAUCGCCGCCGCAGCAUAGACUGCGCGACGAUGCGCAGCUGCCAUAUAGCCCCAGCAGCAGCAGCAACAACAGCAGUGGACCAACGGCAGCAGCAGCAGCAGCAACAACAACAAUGGCCGCCACAGCUUUAGAUGUGAAUGGCGAGGAGAACAACAGUAGCAACAACAGCGGCAGUAGUCAUAAGCUAAUACUUAAGCUCUCCAAACACGGCAGCAACAGCAGCACAAGCGAAUCUCAAGCGGGCAACGAUGAACGACGCGUCGAGCCGCUGCGCAUACAAUUGCCUACACAGUUGCCAACAACAACGGCAACAGCAUCAGCGGCGGCAGCAAUCGUAGCAGCAACAACAACUAAUGCAAUGGGACAGCAGGGAAUUGUGCCUAAGCUAACAAUUAGACCGAUCAAAGCACAAGAUAUGUCCAACAAUUCGGAUGCAUCGUCCUCCUGCUCCUCCUCGUCGUGCGCCGAUGAGGAACAGCUGCCACACAUUGUGCCCAAGCUGACAAUACGGGCCGCCAACGAGGAGCGUGACAGCAGUGUGGUGCCGAAGCUAAUCAUCAAGAUGCCCGAUGCAGGAGUUGCUGCUGCUGCUGCCGCUGCCGCCGCUGUUGACUCCAGCAAUUGUCACAGCCCGUUGAAAUCGGUUAAUGCAAUUGCAGCAGCAGCGGCUGUUGUUGCUGUUGCUGCUGGCGCAUUGCCCAAGCUAACCAUCAAGACCACCAAAUUGGAUGGCAGCGAGACGCAGCUCAUUAGCUGUCUAUCGCCAGCUUCUGCAUCUAGCUCAUCCGCCAGCUCCUUUUCCUCAGCCAGCGAGCAACAGCAUCAGCCCACAGUGCCUAAGCUGAUGAUCAAGACAACUCAUGCGGGCAGUAGCUGCAUUAGUAGCGAGGAACAGCAGCAGCAGCAGCAGCAACAACAACAACAACAGCAGCAACAACAACAAAUACCAAAGCUAACCAUCAAAACGGGCAACCAGGAACAAUUGCUGCAGCAGCAACAGUUGCCGCAGCACACGGUUAUUAUGACGCAUGAUGCAAAGAAUGCUCAAUCCAUACCCAAGCUAACAAUCAAGACCAAGUCCAUUGAGCUCGAUGAUGACGAACAACAGCAGCAACAGUUGGUGCCCAAGCUGACCAUUAAAACGGGCAACAGCAACGAACAGCAGCAACAGCCGUUGCUCAAGCUAACCAUCAAGAAUCUUUGCUCGCCCAAGCACAAGGUGCGCGCUGUUCUCGAAGAGAAGGUGCUAACUUCUAAGCUAACGCUCACCAAUGGCGGCGACAGCAAUACAGCAACUGCAGCAACAGCAGCAUCUAUUGCUGAUAGCGAAACUGAUGAAUUGCGUCGCAAUUCUGAUGAUAUGGACAUUGAUGAUGCGCUAUCCAAGGAGCAUGAUCCAAAAAUGUUUCACAAUUUGCCGCCAGCGCCCAGCAGCAAUGGCAUUGCACCACAGCAACUGCAGCUGCAGCAGCAACAGCAGCAGCAGCAACAGCUAUCGAAGCAGCAACAGCAACAUAAUAUUGUGGAUAUGGUUGAUUUGACUUCAUCGCCCUCGCCGGGCUCAUCGCCAGCGCAUGCCAACAACAGCAGCAGUAGCAGCACUCACAGCAACAACUAUACGACAGCAACAACUGCUGGCAGAACACAACAUCGUUUGCUGGUCGAGUGUUUCCAGAUGCAGGGAGCAAUAACAGCAGCAGUCACAGCAACUGGCAACGCCACCACCAAGAACAAUAACAACAACAAUAGCAGCAGCAGUAACAGUGGCAGCAGCAAUCCCGCCUCACCUAACUCCAAUAUAUUGCUCAGCCAACUAACAGCGCCGCCCAAGAGCUUCAGCAACAACAAUAGCAACAGCAACAAUUCAACAGCUGCUGCGAAAUAUCCGCAGCUAACGGAACGUCUGAUGGCGAAUGGAGCAGCAGUAACAGCAGCGACAACAACUGCAGCAGCAACAACUACAGCAGCAGCAGCAGCCAGUGUUGCUCGCGUAGCUGAGCCGAUAAUCGAUUCGAUUGAGAUACUGGACACGCCCGAGGGCAGCCCACAUCCGCAAUUGACGCCCUCCUAUAUGCUAAGUGCCUACGAAACGGAGCAGACGCCGCCAUCGCCAACGCCGCCACAUCAGCAACAGCAACAGCAGCCGCUAAGCAAUCAUCUGAACCAUUUGAAUCUAAAUCUUAAUCUGAAUCUAAAUCAUAAGACCGACAAUCAACAACAACAACAGCAACUGCUGCAGCAGCAGCAGCAGCAGCGGCAACAAGUCAACAACAAUGAGAAUCAUUUGAAGCGACAGCAGCAGCAACAGCAUCAGCAACACCUACAGACAGAGGCAGAAUCUCCCAGUGGCUUGCCGCCAAGUAAACAGCGGCGCCUGGACAACAAUGAAAAUGAUCAACAGACGCACAACUGCAGCAAUGACACAUUAGCAACAGUUGCUGUCAGCUCAAUAGCAGUAGCAGCAGCCACAACAACAGCAACAACAACAACACCACCCGAGCAUCAGCACCAACAACAACAGCAGCAGCAACAACAACCAACGCAUCGCAGUCGCAAGCAGAAGCACGAGCGCAUACUCAAUACGGAGCUAGAGGAGGCGCAGCAACAGUUGCCGAUGCCAGCGACAACGGCAAUUGAUCAUGCCCACAGCAAUGGCAACCUGCAGCUGGCGACGGAAUUCCUUGUGACAGCUGCAGCCUGUUGCAAGCAGCUAUCGUCGCCGUUGCCAGCGGCUGGUGGCACUGGCAAACGUCGAGGCAGACCCAAGCGCAAUGCGAACGAAUUAACGCCAGCGGCAUCAGCGACAACACCGGGCAAAGCAGCAGCUAAUGCUGAGUUGAUGGAGGCUAGCAGCAAGUCGAGGCGUGUACAGCUGCUGCACAAGCGUUUGGCCAUCGAUAUGGUUGCCACAGAGAAUCAUAGUUCAAAGGGGCAACCGCAGCAGCAGCAGGAAGAUGAUGAUAUGGAUGCCACGCAGCAGCAGCAACAGCUACAGCAGCAACGCUUGUCAGCAAUUGCAACGCCGGGACGUUGCAUGGAACAACGAUUGUUGCGUACCACACGACGUAGUACAGCAGCAGCUGCAACAGCUACUGGAACUGGUGGAACGCCAGCAAAAGCAACGCGCAAGCGUCAAAGCAAAGCAGCAGUAGCUGCAGCAGCAGCAGCAGCGGCAGCCGCAGCAACAGCAGCAGAAUAUGCAGCUGUUGUUGCUGAGUUAAGCAACAACAGCAAGAGCAAUAACAAUAGCAUGGCUUAUGCUUUGGCAGCCCAAAUUGAUCUAACCAUGUGCUCGUCCUCCUCAUCCACCAGCAAUGGCAGCGCAAUUGCGACAGCAACGACAACAACAGCAGCAGCAACUGUUGCUGCUGGAACAGCUGUAAAUAGUAGCAACAGCAAUAGUUUUGGCAGCAACAACUGCUCUAUGUUGCCACCAACAACCAUAUUAUCCUCAUCCGAUCCGCUGCCGGAUGUGAUCUUUCAGCCCAACGAUUUCUCCUCAAUCACUGCCACGCAGCAGCUGCGCAACAACAACAAUAAUAACAGCAACAGCAACACGAACAGCAUCAGUGGUGGCAGCCAACAUGAUUCACAUGAUGAGGACAACUACAGCGCACUGGAUAACUCUGGAGAUGAAUCCUCGACGCUGUGCAAUCCUUUGAGCGCCUUUGGCACCAAUCCAGCAGCAGUUGCAGCGCCAUCGACGCCAACGCGCGGACGCGGACGUGGACGCGGCUCGAGAGGCGGUGGCGCUGCUGGCGGCUCAGCACGCAGUAACAGCGGCGGCAACUCGGCCAAUCGAAAUAACGCAAACAGCACGCAGCCUCGAGUGCCGCGCAUGAGUCGCGGCGCCAGCGCCGUUGCCAAAGCGAUUGCACUCAGUCGGCCACGUUGCGUAGGCGGACUCAAGCAUCAGCCGGAUCCGGAACGGCUUAAGGGUUUCUUUAGUCCGUCACCACAGGUCUUUGAGGAAGACACACGCAUGAGCGCCGAUCUAAAUAACAGUAAUCAAUCGGUAACGAGCAUGGAACCUCCACUGACGCCACAAAAACAACCAGACUUCCUUAACAACGAGGAAUCGCAAUCGUCCAUGCUGAGCAGCGCUAGCCUAAUGGACUCCAAUCAAGGCCAAUCGGUGGAUGCGAUAAUCGGCUCGGCUCUUAAGCGACCCAAGAAGAAGAAGAUGGAAAUUUGUGUAGCUGAAGAUACGGAUUUCAAUGCGUCAAGUAUUGCGGAAUAUGAUUGGCCACCACCGAAGGGCUGUUGCCCAUCUAAGAAUCGUGACACGUUCAUGAUCCAGGAACAGGUUGCACUCUACUUGGGCAUCACAAGCUUUAAGCGUAAAUAUCCAGAUUUGCCGCGACGAGCUGUUGACAUGGAGGAGCGCAAUUGGCUGCAGGAGAAGGGUCUGGUCAGCGAGAAGAUGUGUGAUCUUGGCAUUACGGCUGUGUGGGCAUCCGAUAUACUGGACAUUAUGUAUGCCGAUUUCUAUGACAAGUACGAGGAGUACAAGGAGUAUAUUAGGCAAAAGCAUCUACGUGAAAUCGAGGCUAAACAGAAGGCUCUUGGCCUCACCGUUGGCACUGGGCGUGGCCUGCAAGCACGCGAUCGCGCAAUGCUCUCGGCCAGCAAAUGGAAUGUGUACUUUAACAAGAUGCGAAAGGAGGAGCGCGUCGCCUGUUUAGAUCUGCAAACGUUCACCAUGAAUUUUCCUGUCCAGCACACAGCAGCCAGCUCCACCGCGUUGCAUCGGCCCAUUACGGAAGCAGUGUAUGCUGCAGCGCAGGCAGAGAAUAUGCCGACGCCGCCGCAAAUGCUCGGGCCGCGUGCCUACGAUGAAGCCUUUCAGCAGCUCGACUACGCCUACCCUCUGGCCCUGGUGCCAGGCCAAUUUACGUCCAGCUAUCGACAGCUAACGCCCGCGGAGCUAAGAGCUUAUCCCUUGAAUACUGUCCUGGAGAUGCCCCAACAGCAGCCGGACGAGCAACAGCGGGACGAACAACACCUGCUGCAGGAUAGUCUUAAAGUGUCGCAAAGCAAGUUGCAGACAGCAGCGGUGCGGCGCAGUCAACGUUCCCGUCAGCAGCAGCGCAGCAAUGAUCCGACCAAACCAAGCAACCUCUGCUAUGCCAGCGCAAGCAGCAGCAGCAGCAGCGACGCCAGCAGUACCGAGUCUGAUAGCGAAGCUGACAGCGACAGCAGCUGCAGCAGCAGCGCCAGCAGUUACAGCAGCCGCUGCAGCAGUUGCAGCAGUAACAGCAGUUCAAUAAACACCGCCAGCGAAACUGAACUAAUAACGCAGCGCGAAAAGGACGCCAGACUCUCGUCCAACAACUGCGGCGUCUGCCAACGCAGUCAGCACCGGAAUGCGCGAAAUAUGCCCGAAGCCUUUAUACGCUGCUACAGCUGUCGGCGUAAAGUGCAUCCCAGCUGCAUUGAGAUGCCGCAUCGGAUGGUCGGACGCGUGCGCAACUACAAUUGGCAGUGUGCUGAAUGCAAAUGCUGCAUUAAAUGCCGCAGCAGCCAACAGCCAGGCAAAAUGCUCUACUGCGAGCAAUGCGAUCGCGGCUAUCACAUUUACUGCCUGGGCAUUAAAACGGUGCCAGAGGGACGCUGGAGCUGUGAACGCUGCUCGAUUUGUAUGCGCUGUGGCGCCACACGACCCGAGGGUCUGCCUCAAGUGCAGCAGUCCAGUUUGCUGUCACCCAAUGGCAGCGCCAAUGGCAGCCAAGCGAAGCCCGCUGUGAAGCACAAAAAGGUGAAAUGGCAGAACGAGUAUCGCAUUGAUCACAUCACCGUUGCGCCAUCACAUUGCGCCAUGCUCUGCGUGCCAUGCGCACGCGCAAAGCCCACCAAAAGGACAACGACGCCCAACAGCAGCAACAAUUGUGAACAGUUGCAGCUGCAAUUGCAAGCGAAUGGUGGAGCUGCAACCAUGGAAGCAGCAGUAGCUGCACCAGUUGCAGCGCUUAGCCCCAGCAGCAACAGCAGCAGCGGCAACAACAAUAAUAAUAAUAACAAUAAUAUCAAUCAGCUGGAGGCUAAUCCUGCUAGCAAGCAACGACUGCCACCGCAGCAACAGUUGUUGCUGCACAGAAGCCAGGAUAUGGCAACAAUGCAAAGCAACAGCAAUGAAGAAGCAACAGCUGCAACAAUUAUA